CAGGUUAGGGGUCAGACCCGGCAACCUGCAGCCGGUGCUUCUGGCAGGACGCUGCUCCCCACGAGGGACAGAGGCGCCCCCGUUUGCCGGCCGGCCCCGGGAUGGCCCCCAAACUCUCGGACUCGGUGGAGGGGCUCCGCGCCGCCGGCAACCAGAGCUUCCGCAACGGCCAGUUCGCCGAGGCCGCCGCGCUCUACAGCCGCGCGCUGCGGGCGCUGCAGGCGCUGCAGGCGCAAGCUUCUUCGAACCCUGAAGAAGAAAGCGUUCUCUACUCCAACCGAGCAGCGUGCCACUUGAAGGAUGGAAACUGCACAGACUGCAUCAAAGACUGCACUUCAGCACUGGACUUGGUUCCCUUUGUUGUGAAGCCCCUGCUGCGGCGGGCAUCGGCCUACGAGGCUCUGGAGAAGUACCCCCUGGCCUAUGUCGACUACAUGACUGUGCUGCAGAUUGAUGGCAGUGUGACAGCGGCCUUGGAAGGCAUCAACAGGAUGACCAGAGCUCUCAGGGACUCACUGGGGCCCGAGUGGCGCCUGAAGGUGCCCUCUGUCCCUUUGGUGCCUGUUUCGGCUCAGAAGAGGUGGGAUUAUAUGCCUUCAGAAAACCACAAAGAGACAGCUAAAAUCAAAUCCAGAGAAACCACAACUGCAAAGAACAGAGUGCCUUCUGCUGGGGAUGUGGAGAGAGCCAGAGUUCUGAAGGAAGAAGGCAAUGAGCUUGUAAAGAAGGGAAACCAUAAGAAAGCUAUUGAGAAGUACAGUGAAAGCCUCUCGUUUAGUAACCUGGAAUCUGCCACGUACAGCAACAGAGCGCUCUGCUAUUUGGUCCUGAAGCAGUACAAGGAGGCAGUGAAGGAUUGCACAGAAGCCCUCAGGCUGAACGCGAAGAACGUGAAGGCGUUUUACAGACGGGCUCAAGCCCACAAGGCCCUCAAGGACUAUAAAUCCAGCCUUGCAGACAUCAGCAGCCUCCUGCAGAUUGAGCCCAAGAACGGCCCUGCACAGAAGUUGCGGCAGGAAAUUAAUCAGAACUUAAACUAAAAACCCAAAAGGAAGCAGGAGACCUCUGCCUGACCUCCUCCCCCUGGGAGCCAGCAUGCUCCAGAGUGAGCUCUGAAGCACCCUCCUCUGCCCCUCAGAGAGAUGAGGCCUCCCGACGCUUAAGAGGCUUUGCUUGUUCAAAUUAAGCUGAGUUUGUCAAAAAAACCGGACGCUGUUUCGCUGGAAAGGUCCCUGCUAGAGCUGAAGCCCCAUUCCCCAUUCUCCCAGCGUCGGACAGCUGGCAGAUCACACAGGUCCUCGUCAGCAAAGCCCUCGGCUCUGUCCCUGCCCCACGCAUGCUCCAGACCACGUGCCGCCCUCGUCUUUCCCCAGACCUGCCUCACUGUGCUUCAUCUGAGCAAACUGAGCUGGGGGGGAGAAACUAGAAAACCCUGGCCCACCUACCCCCGAAGCAGCCUGUUGAGCUGGUUCUCCAGGGCUGCUGCCUCCUGCGUGGAGCUGCCUAAGUUGUUUCAAGAGCCCGGAGGUGUGGCUGCUCCUCCUGAAGGUGGGACAGCGAGGAGAGCCCUCUUGAAGGCAGUGUCCUUCCCAUCUGGGCAGGGACUUGCCUUGCAGCCCCCUCCAGGUUUCUUGGUUGUUUGUAACAAAGUUAAUUUGAAUGGAAGGGACUCCAAUUUUGUUGAACUGCGUGUUUAAGCUAUUGCAUUAAACGUCUUUCUUCUACAUAAAUGUCUGCUGUACUUUCAUUUAUGCUUUUUCAGCUUUGUGCUUGGAACUGUGCAAUAAUAAAAGCUCCUGCUUACUGAGCAUUCAUCCAUUCA